UUGCCUCUGUUGCAAACAACACUGAGCUAAAAUGACCCUUUUUCUGGCUAAGUAGGAUGUUUAUGUUCUUACAUUAGUGCACAUUGUGAUCAGAGAAUCUGUGAGAGAUUAUAACAUAUAGUUAGAUUUAAACUGGUUGUUUUAAAAUCACUGCUUCAUUUUAGGAAGGCUUUGUAUCUUUUUCAGUCAUCAAUCAAAAACAGACUUUAAAGGAGAUAAGUGAGUUGAAGAAAAAAAGUUUAAUCACGCUUCUGUGUAGACUGUGUCAUUGUCAUUGUUUUAAUUUUUUUUUCCCAAGUUUUUUUAAUAGAGACUGGUCAUAGGUUUUCUUGCCUCUUUCUCUGACUGGAAUUUUUUUUUCUUUUUUUUCCCCUCUUCCUCCAGCUCUCAAAACAGUUGCACUGGAAAUAAUGCAUACUUUUUAAAACCAAAACUUCUUCAAAAAACCUGCAUUUGACAGUAGACUCCAGGGAGUUCAUAGAAGAUUAUCUUUAUGGAAGCUUUAUGCUGCAACCAAAGUUUGAGGGUGCAGAAGGAAAAAAAAAAAGGUGGAAUAUACUUCACAACUUUCUCAUUGUUAAUCUGUGGAAGAAACCUAAUACCAUGACAGUUGGGGAUGUGAAGGUUAAUACUUGCUACUUGACCUUCCCAUGAAUUAAUAAUGGAAUUUUCAUUCACUGGGAAGCUGACAAAUGGAAGCAAAAGUGCAGAUGCAUAGAAAAGAAGGGAGUAAAACUACUUAAAGAUAGAGAGAUUUGAUUAUCCAGGUAAAAUUAACAUGAAGAAUAUUAAGACUGGAAUCUUAACACAGGGAGAAUUUAGACUUACUGCAGAGUUCAUUAAUAUAACCUAUAAAAAUACCCUGACUGGGUUAUGUAAUGCAAUUUUUCAUUUCCAUGUGACAUCUUAGAGUUGCCAUGAAACAGGUGCUGCAAGGCACAUAAAAAGUGUAUGGUUGCUUCUGAGGUGAAGGAAAUGUUUCAUCUAGAUAGAUUUUUAACAUUCUGAGCCUUCCCAUUUCUGAGUUUCAUCAAGUAUUGUAUUUAAGAUACACAUGGCAUUCAGUAGUCUUGAUUUUUAUCUUCACAUAUAUUUCCAGUGCAAUUUAAUAGAUAGAGCCCCAAUUUUCAGAUUCAUGUGGUUAUUUGAUAGCAAUUAAUUGCACUUUUACUGUAUUUAUCAGGGAAUAAAACUGAAGAAAAAUAGCAUGCCUAGGACUUUCUGCUUGUGACCUUUUAAUUUCAACCUGAUUAGAUUAAUUUGGUUGGGUGGAGAUGGACAGGAGGACUAGUAUGUUCUCCACCAGAAGGCUGUCUUGUGAUGUAGAGCUUUUAGCAGUUUUGUGGGAACUGUGUGCACAGGAAAGCACGUGAGCAAGUAUUGCUAUUAAACAGUUGGAUGUGCCCUGGAGAAGAGUAGAAAGAAUUGAAAACGCCUUCUCUACUGUCUUAGAGGUGUUUUUCUUUCCUCGCCUCUACUGCAUCUCCAGUAAAAAUGAAUUAAAACCCUUUUUACAAAUCUGAAAUCUUUCAGAUCCUGAUUUCUGUUGUUAACAUACUGUGGGAGGAAUACAGGUCAAAUUUCAAACUGUCAACUCUAGCAAUAGUUUGAGACGAGCUCAAUAACUCUUCUGAUAGAUUUUUCUCUAAGAAACCAUAUUCCUGAGGAAUUCUCUGUAGUGAUUUUAGAAACCUCAUUUUUAAGGGGCUCAUGUAGGAGGUUUGCCAACAUAUUGCUGAGCUAUGGAAAGGUCAGUUAUACUCUGGUAGAAUCCACAGAAUGCCAUGCAGUAAAAGAAGGUGGCCUUGUUUUUAAUAGAUACUGUAAGGGAAGAAAAAAAAUCCAACACAAAUUUAUGUAAAAGCCAUUAAUAGGAUCCCUUAAUGUGUACAUUAGCAUGACUGACCUAGCAAGAAUUAAAAUAAUUCCCAGUCAAACAAAACAAAGCCCUGGUUUUUUUAUUUGCUCAACGUGAAAAAAAGUACAACCUCAACUAACUAAUUUUCCUUGAAAAAGAAAUUGUAUAACUGCUCAUAGUUUCCAAGGAAAUACCUGACAGAUUAAAUCUCUUUAAAUGUUUUAUAUGUGCACACUUUUGCUAUGGGACCCAUUAUAGUACAUUGUUAUUCAGGCCAGGAGUUUAAAAGACAUUAUGAAAUGUGUUAAAUCAAAGUUUAUUUCUGGACAUUACUCUUUAUAAUGAAUUUGGAGGAAGAAAAAAUACCAAGUCGUGCUUCAAGGUAGGAAUUGCUUCCAGGUACGGUCCCUUAAAAUAAAUUUUCCGUAGGAACGGAUUAUUUCUUUGAACUGUUGCAGAGUUUACAAUUUUCCUCUGACCUUGCUCAUCAUUAAUUAUAUUAUAGUAGUGUUUCGGUUUAUUUGCAGUUCUGAUUUUUUCAGUUUUAGGGUCACACAAUGAAAUCAGGUUUAUAUCCUCCUUGUUCCUCUGUGAUCUUGUUUGGAUUCAGAACAGUGCAGAGUAGAGAUCUGGCAAAUAGGUAAAUGGGAGUGUCACUGUUUAUUAGGUUGAAGGUGAGAUCAGUAACUAUCUGUGAUGGGCUAAUUUUAUUAAUUUUUUAUUUAUUUAGGAAAUGGAUGGUAGUGAGUGAAGUUUAACUUGUGGGGUUUAUAAUAUUCUUCUUUAAGCAGAGAAACUGGUGAAGAACUGUUGAAAUGGUUCAAAUUAGCCAUGGAAAAGCUGAGCAAUAUAUUAGAACAAUUAAAUUCUGCUAGGAAUAUUUAAUAAAGCAGUUUCCGUCAUCCAGUUCUCACACUUUCUUUUAAAAUAUGCAUUUAAAGCAUUAGUGAUGUUAGUGUAGGCUUUUAUAUUCUGUCAUUUUACUUCUUAAUCUCUUUUGCAGAAAGAAUAUGGGACUCUGUGGGAGAAUGUUCUUGUUUCUGUAUUUUUUCCCUUACGAAAUUACUCUAAAUUUUAAGAAAAUAAGUGCGUAUUCAGGCUGUCUGAUAUUUGACUCCAUGUAAACUUUCAGAAAAAGUCUGUUGGGGAGAAGACAAUUUCAUUGUUUCUUGCUGUUUAAUUUCUAAAUGGCUUUUUGUAGUGUAGUUUCUCAGAGAGUCAUACAAUUUUGGUUUUGUUAUUCUUGGGUUUUUCUUCUUUCCUGCUUGCAAGUUGUCAGUGACACAGUUAAAACUGUACAGUCCUCCAUGGAGCUAGGAACCCAUUUCUUUAAGGAAAGUUGGCCUUGCAUGCAGUGGUAUCUCUUGAUUUUUAUUUUUCUCCACUCCAUUUACUAGGCACAUAUAGUGAGAGUUUUUAGUCUCAUGUGUAACAAGAAUAUGCAGUUAUAAGUGAGGAAGGAAAGGUGGGACUAGUAGGUAUGGAAAUUGGUAAGCAAGAGGUUGGAGAGGUGGGUUGCAAGAGAAGAAUAUGGCAUUUAUGGUCUGAUUUUUCUUUGUUUUUUUCCAAGCAGUAGGGAUGCAAAAAUACACUCUUAAUUAGUAUUCCAUAUUAAUAUCAGUCAUACUUUAUUGUUCAAGCCACUUGGUGUAAACUCCUCAAUGGAAAGUAAACUGAGGUUGGCCUUCUAUUGAAUUAUUGGAGUGAAACGUCAGAAUUGAGGUCUGGCUGAAAAAACAGACCAUAGAAGCUUUUUGACUUUUGUUGGCUUAGUGUUUGUAUAGGCACUUGGAUAAGAUAACAGGAGAAAAGUUGCUAAAUAUAUAGGGGAAAGUACUGCUCAAGAAAGCAUGAAGCAAGGAAGGGAGAAGAUAAGUUUCCUUCUUUGAGUUAUUCAAUGGAUAGAUGCAUAGUUUGGGAGAACUGGGGAGGGAACUACUUAGUCCUGCUGGAGGAACCUGAGAUAAGUGUAGAGGGAUUGGGUGGUUUGGGGUUUUUGUUAGGAUUUGGGGUUUUUUUUCAGUCAUCUUUAUAAUUGCUUGUCUGUUUCUGCUGUCUUUCUGCACCUCUUGGAUUCAUCAAAAGAGACACGAGAAAUCCCUUGGCUGUUAAUCUCAACAGGCAGUUUAGCAGCCUCUACUGGGCUUUUAUUGCAACUUGUUGCAUCUGAUUUGCUGUCAUUACAGCAGUCUUUUUAUGCACAGUGUCUAUAAUCUGCACCAUUAAUGCUACAAGGAAAUGCCCUCUUCUCUCUGCAUUCACUCUCUUAAAAAAUACUUAAAGCCAGGUUUCUAAAAUAAGCUUUUAGAUAGAUUACUUUUAUAGCAUUUUAGCCAUGUGAGUAAAACACAGAUGAGAUUAAAACCACAGAAAAGCACAAGCAAUUUACUAGAUGUAGGUGCAGUAAAAAGGGACUUAUAAAGGUUGCAUUGAUUUGAGUUUGGGGAAGGUGAAGGUGUGCUGGUUACUGAGGCAGUUCUGCGUAUUUCCAAAAGCUGUUCUCCUGAACUCACAAAGGCUGUUUCCAGAAUGGUAGCUGACCAUAAAUGGGACUUCAGUCAUUAUGAGCAUAUCAUAACUUCAACUGGAAUUAUUCUAUACAGCAGUUAUGUUACUACCGGCACAAUUGCCUGUGAUAUUUCUUACAGCAUGGACUGGAUGUGCAGUUGCAGUAAGAGAAGAUUAGUAAUGAACAAGAAGUGCAGAUAACAUUCUAGUCUGUCAGCUUCUUUUUGAAGACUUUGUCAGGUAUAAUUAUUUUGUAAGGUCUGGUUUGGCAGCAUUUACUCUGAAAAACACUUACUUUAUAAGUGUUUUGUGAAAAGUCAGUGUGAUAUUAAGGUUUGUAUUGAGGAAUUUUCUCUAUGUUGAACAUGUACUCUGUCAGAAGAAAGGAGACUUUAAAAUUUAUUUAUUUAUUAGCUAGCUAUUUGUCCAGCAUUAUAAUGGCCUAGUAUUUGCCAUCUGAAUCAUAUUUCACAUUGUCAUCUUUGAAUUUUUUAAUAAACAAGAGAGGCAGUUUAUUUUGUGACUCAUACUCAUGGAUCUGAGUAGCCUUUGGGAGAUGACACAUUGUUUACUUUGGUUUCAAUAGUUUUCACAGAAUAAAGCUUCAACAGUAGCUCCAUCAUGUUACGAUUUCCAGGCCUUUUAAGUUGUCUGGGGAUCAUGCCAGUAGUCUUUAAAAGAACACAGCUAAUUAAUUCUUCCGGUUAGUUAGUAUUUCUGGCAUAAAUGAGCGCUAGGAUCUCUCUGUGUGUCUCUUUUCAACAUUAUAAAGUCACACUGAAGGGGUUUUUUUGAAAUAGCUAGAAGCAGGAUGUAAAAGGAUCAGUAAAUGGUCAUUACUACAAGCAUAACUUUAUAUUGUACUGCACUUCAGUAUUUAAAAGUUUUGCUUUGUAAUUAAACUCUGAUAUUAAUGGUUUUAGGAAGAAUACUUUCUCUGAGUCACCAUUGCUGGAUUUUCCUUCUGAAAAUGCUGGGACAGAAGAGAUGAGUACUCCCUUUACUAAGGCCUAAAACUGCCUGUUGAAAAACAAUCCUGACCAGGCAAUAUACGAAUGGCCCAAGGAAGCCAGCAAAUUGAUAUUCAGGUUUUACAUGACCUGCGACAGAAGUUUCCUGAGGUACCUGAAGGUGUUGUAUCCAGAUGCAUGUUACAGAAUAACAAUAAUUUGGAUGCCUGUUGUGCAGUUCUCUCUCAGGAGAGCACAAAGUAUCUCUACGGUGAAGGAGACCUAAGUUUUUCGGAUGAUUCUGGGAUUCCUGGACUACGAAAUCACAUGACAUCUCUUAAUUUGGAUUUGCAGUCACAGAAUGUCUAUCACCAUGGAAGAGAAGGAAGUAGAAUGAAUGGAAGUAGGACUCUAGCUCACAGUGUUAGUGAUGGACACCUUCAAACCAGUCAGUCCAACAAUGAACUGUUUCAACAGGAACCACAGACAGCACCUGCGCAGGUUCCACAAGGAUUUAAUGUCUUUGGGAUGGCUAAUACAGUUAGUGCUUCUAAUCCAGGGCAGCAUCUUGGAUUUCACCUAGGCAGCAAAGGAGUAUCUAACUUGUCUCAACAAACGCCCAGAUUCAACCCCAUCAUGGUAACUUUAGCCCCAAACAUUCAGCCUGGUCGCAAUACUCCUACGUCUUUGCACAUACAUGGUGUACCUCCUCCUGUACUUAACAGUCCACAGGGAAAUUCUAUCUAUAUUAGGCCUUACAUCACAGCUCCCAGUGGUACCUCUAGACAGACACAGCAACAGCCAGGCUGGGCAUCUCAGUUUAAUCCCACGCACCCUCAGCAAGUCUACCAGCCUUCACAGCCAAGUCCCUGGACUACUAUUCCUACAUCCAGUACUACGCCACAUACCUCAUCGCAACACUCAACACAGCCAAACCAGCAAGGCCACCAGACUUCUCAUGUCUACAUGCCUAUCAGUUCUCCUACUACUCCACAAGCACCUAUGAUUCAUUCAUCUGGUAGCUCUCAAUCUUCUGCUCACAGCCAAUACAACAUUCAGAAUAUAUCCACAGGACCUCGCAAAAACCAAAUUGAAAUCAAACUUGAACCGCCACAAAGAAAUAGUACUUCUAAGUUGCGUUCAACUGGCCCUCGCACCUCCACUGCUCCCUCUUCCCUCAACAGCCAGACAUUAAGUAGAAGUCAACCCACUGUUUACAUAUCGGCCAGUCCUCCAAAUACCGAUGAAGUGAUCACUCGUGGUCAGCCCAAGGUCUACAUUUCAGCAAAUGCCACAACAGGAGAUGAUCAACUUGUGCGGAACCAGCCCACGCUUUUCAUAUCAACAAAUCCUGGAGUAUCUACUACUGCUAGGAAUAUGUCUGGUCAAGUAAGCAUGGGUCCUGCAUUUAUUCAUCACCAUCCACCCAAGAGUCGAGCAGUGGGCAACAGCACCACUGCAACCUCUCCUCGAGUGGUGGUUACGCAGCCUAACACAAAAUAUACUUUUAAAAUUACAGUUUCUCCAAAUAAGCCCCCUGCAGUUUCCCCAGGGGUAGUGUCCCCAACUUUUGAACCUACAAACCUUCUAAACCUUCCUGAUCACUAUGUUGAACCAGAGGGUAUCCAGCAUCUUACUGACCCUGUUUUAGCACAUGUGGAUAGGAUCAGUGAUGCACGGAAAUUGAGUAUGGGAUCUGAUGAUGCUGCCUACACACAAGCUUUACUGGUACACCAGAAGGCCAGGAUGGAGCGACUUCAACGAGAACUUGAGGUUCAAAAGAAAAAGUUGGAUAAACUAAAAGCAGAGGUCAAUGAAAUGGAGAAUAAUCUAACACGAAGGCGCCUGAAAAGAUCGAAUUCUGUUUCCCAAAUUCCGUCACUGGAAGAAAUGCAACAGUUGAGAAGUUGUAACAGACAGCUGCAGAUAGACAUAGAUUGCCUAACCAAAGAGAUUGAUCUUUUUCAAGCAAGAGGACCACAUUUUAAUCCCAGCGCUAUUCAUAAUUUUUACGAUAAUAUUGGAUUUCUUGGUCCCGUGCCACCAAAACCCAAAGAUCAGAGGUCCAUUGUGAAAACACCAAAGACUGUUCCAGACACAGAUGAAGAUGAGGGAGCUCAGUGGAGCUGUACCGCCUGUACUUUUUUAAAUCAUCCAGCCUUAAAUCGCUGUGAACAGUGUGAAAUGCCCAGGCAUUUCUGAGCCAACAGGCCCAUUACCUUCUGUAAAACCACAGCAAACGUACAAGGAAUUAUCCAGUCAUUGGGGGGCAAAAAAAGCAUUUAUGCGUAGGAUAUUGUAAAAUCGAAGUUGUGAGGAGACGGUAUUUUGCUAAUGUUCAGUGUCAGCCCACAGAGCAAGCAAUACCUCAGUGUUGUGCCGCAGGCAGUUGAGAUUGACUGACUGAAGGGUAAUCUGCUGAAAGACUUGCCAGCUGCCUAAGCCAUGUACAGUAUUACCAGUGUCCCAAUAACAAACACCAUGUUCAGUGCCUGGGUGUUGCCCAUCCUCUUCUUUGCCCCAAUGUCACUACUGAAUUUUGACAGGGGAAGGGAAUAGAGUGCUAGUGUUUUUGUUUUCAGAGCUCUCGGUGAAACACUACAUGCACAGAGGAGAUCUUAAAAGGAACAAGGUUUAAGUAUUUAAACUGUUUGCUGCCACAUAGUGCCUUCGAUAAAGGGAAGAGCUUCACGAAUCAGUGGUACUCUUUGCCUUGUCUUCCCUGAAAACAUCUCUGUGAAGCCAGAAACCAGUACAACUACGUCUAAAGAUGAAAAGGAAAAACUGCAUGCGUUGUCUGUACAAUACACACAGUGAAAUACCCCAAAGCUUUUCCUACUGUACAUAGUUCUAGGGCCUGCUUUAAGUGAUUUCUUUUCUUCACCUUUAUUAUUUUCUUGUAAUUCUGUAUGUAUAGUGUAAUAGUCUUUUUGUUAACUUUCUUUUUUUCCCUUUAAGUGAUUAAGCACGAUCAUGUCCCUUUUUUUAAGCUUUUAUCUGAGAGAAGCAAUGCCUUAAAAUAAGAGCAUUAAUAAGAAACUAUGCACAAAAUAGCUUUCCUCUGCUCGUUCUGUACAUUGCUCUUGUAAAUGCUGAUGAUCUGUGAAGACCUGCAGAUGCAGCGUGGUAAAAAUGCAGGAAAAGUUUGAAGAGUUACACAUAUAGUUCACUCUGUACACUGAGUUUUACGGUGGGUGACACAAAGGUAGCAUUUUGUCUGGCAUGAGGAAACUUUAUACUAGGAAACUUUAAACCCACCAACAGAUCAGCAUCCGAGUUGAGCUUGCUUCAUCUGCUGGGUGUCUUGCAGACUCCUGAAGAGAGAUUCAUUGGGGAAGUACAUACAGUGCCAAAAUCAACAGCAGCAGCAUCGUACAGCUUUGUUCAAGGACUUUAAAUGCUUUCCUGUUUUGGCAACCAGUUUCUAAACCUGACUUUGUGGUGAAGUCUCAUAUUUAUAGAAAACAAGGAUAGCGAUAUUUAGGACAACUGAAAUAAAGGCUGGAAAAGAGAAAUCAAACAGACUUGAACACUGAAGCAACCUCAAGCAUCUCUUAUAUUUUGAUGAUCUAUUUUUUUAAGGAAAAUACUCACAUGAUCGGGGAUGUAUGUAACCGAGAUCAAGGAAAUGGAAUUCCAGUACAAUAUGCAUGAAAGACGGCACGCAAAGAAUUAUGUAGCAGCAGCACUUAGUGUGAGGCUGGAGGGAGUGCUAACAAUGUAGCAAAAGAUAAAGUAGACUGUCACCCACUGUAAACAUCUGCCAGUGGACACUUUUAUUAGGAGUUUUACAAGUGAUCUAUGUGAAUGCACAGAGGCCUUUGUUUUGAAGGCUUUGCAUUUUUUUUAUGUGGGAAGAAAAUGUCAAUCCCAGGUAAUUAGGCAGUAGACCCAAAGCACACUUGCAUUCAAUGCAUUUUGUUUAUAAAAUGAGGCCUUGUUUUUCAGCUUCAUCUGCAGUUCUAUGUGAAGAUUGACAAAUCAGUUUUUACCUGUUUAUUAAUAAAACCUAAUUUGGAUAUCUUGAGUUGAUGGUUUUGUGAUUUAGCUGGGUAAACUGCCUUUGUAACAGAUAAGUUAUUUAUAAAAAUUAAAAAAAAAAUUAUAUUCUAA